GCUUGUCUUCAGUGAAUGGCCCUUGUGUUCUGACUUCACGCUCAGUCACGAGCACACGCAUCAGAACCGACCUGUUGUGGAAAUAUAUAAGCCCCUUCGUGGCUCCCUCGUCCUUUCUCUUCCCUUUCCAACAACCCUCAAUCGAUCUUGAUAGACAUUCAGGCUCUCCUCGUCCACCUCCAUUCAUCAACUCCUUCAUCCCUUUAUCACAAGGCUCGUCGACUCGACUAUCGCCAUGGCCCCUCCAAAGACCGAGUCUGAGGAUUUCAAAUUCAUCAUGACUUGCAUCAAGCACUCUCCCGACAAGCUCAAACCCAACUUCGAGCAAGUUGCCAGAGAAACUGGCGCAAAGAGUGCCAAUGCCUGCUACCACAAGCACUGGGGCAUCAUGAGAAAAUGGGGCCUCACUGGCAGCAAGAAAGGCGGUGACUCCGACACUCCAGCAACCCCGCGUGGCAGAAAACGCAAGGCCACAUCUGCAAAGGGUCAGGAUGCUGGCGACGACUUUAGCCUGGAUGACGGGUCUCUUACCAAGAAGAAAAAGGGCGAGAAAAAGGCGACGGUGGCCGAGGAAGAGAUCGAUCUUGACGACGACGAGGCAGUAGUCUGCAAGCACGAAGACCGGGUUGAAGUGGCUGAUCCAGCAGAUAAUGUCGGUUUCGUCAAGCCAGAAGUUGACUCUUGAGUACCUUAGCCAUGUGUCUGGCCUGAUUGAGAGUCGAGUCCAAGUGUGUUUGAGCGAGGUCCACAAGGGCAGAUGUGCACUUCCAGAGACAUGAUACACGCUGCCAUGCACACACUGGCAUGGAGUAGAAUCAUGAAUUCAAGUUGCUGAAACACUCCUUGAAGC